AUGACAACAACAACAACAGCAACAGUCAAUACUCUACAUGAAGAUAAUCCUAAUCAAUUAUUUGAUAAAAUUGCUAAUAACAUUUUUCAUUUUGAACAUCAAUUGAAUAAUUUUCAUACUUCGUCAAUCAAUCAGAACAUUAACGAAAUCUGUAUGCCACGUUCGACACGUCAUUUAUGCGGAUCACUUAUUCCUUUGCCAUCACCAGCAGCAUCGUUGAAUCUUGAUCAACAAUCGAUCGAAAAUGAACAAUCUCAUUCUCCUCUUCUUCGUCCUCUACUACCAAUUCAAAGAAUUGAUCUGAAAUAUAGAAAUUUGGGCCGUAAUGGAUUACGAGUUUCUCAAUUAGGCCUUGGAACUUGGGUUACAUUUGGCGGACAGAUAUCUGAUGAUGUUGCCGAAGAAUUAGUUACGAUUGCAUAUGAUAGUGGAAUUAAUCUCUUCGAUACCGCUGAAGUUUAUGCAGCUGGAAAAGCGGAAAUAACACUUGGAAAGGUUUUAAAAAAGAAAAAAUGGCGACGAUCAAGUUAUAUUGUCUCGACGAAAUUGUUCUGGGGCGGAAAGGCUGAAACAGAAAAAGGACUUUCAAGAAAACAUGUCAUUGAAGGUUUGAGAGCGAGCCUCGAGCGUCUACAAUUAGAUUAUGUUGAUAUUGUUUUUGCUAACAAACCUGAUACAUCAGUGCCAAUGGAAGAAAUCGUUCGAGCAUUUACACAAGUUAUUAAUGAUAAUCUUUGCUUUUAUUGGGGAACAUCAAGAUGGUCACCAAUGGAAAUCAUGGAAGCUUAUUCAGUUGCACGACAAUUUAAUUUAAUUCCUCCAAUAUGUGAACAAGCUGAAUACCAUCUCUUUCAACGUGAUAAAGUUGAAGUACAUUUACCCGAGAUCUAUCAUAAAAUCGGUAUUGGAACAAUGACAUGGUCACCAUUAGCAUGUGGCUUACUGAGUGGAAAAUAUGAUGAUGGUGUACCAAUACAUUCAAGAGCAGCACUUAAAGGCUAUGGUUGGUUGAAAGAGAAAAUUCUGAAUGAAGAAGGUCGAAAACAACAAAGCAAAUUACGAGAACUAGCUGUCCUAGCAGCGAAAUUUGAUUGUACACUCGCUCAAUUAGCUAUUGCCUGGUGUUUGAAAAGUGAGAGCGUUCACUGUGUUCUACUUGGCGCAUCAUCUGUCGAACAACUCUACGAAAAUCUCAAUUCAUUACAAAUUGUAUCGAAAUUAACUCCAUCAGUCAUGACCGACAUCGAUCGAAUUCUCGGUAAUAAGCCAACAGUACGAGUUUCAACUAAAAACGAAACAAAUUUUCAAACACAUGUUCAAUUACCACAAGCACAGCGAUAA